GUUAAUGUUCGUGAAGAAAUUGAAGAGUUUUUUCCAAGAAUGUGGAAGAUAAAUCAAGAUAAAAGAAGGCUAAUGAAAAGUAUUAAAGAUCAGAAAAUUAAAAUUGAAUGGGGGAAAAAAUUGAACAGAAGAUUGGUCAGAUAGAAGCACUUGAAUAUUUUUUUAAGGCUAUAAUGAAUUGUUUGAAUUGGGGAAGAAUACACGAAGUAUGAAAAAUGAAAAACUCAAUGAAGAAUGAAGAAAAGUAGAAAGCAAGAGUGAAGUAGAAUUAAAAGAAUCUGGAAGAAUGAAUGGGUCCUAGGUUAAGUAAAUGAGUCUCGCUCCCAGUCAAAAUCUCCAGCUGGGAGUCCUGCUCGUGUAAAAUCGGAGAGCAGGUCAGGAUCUCGCAGUCCAUCGAGGGCUUCCAAACAUUCUGAAUCGCACUCGAGGUCAAGAUCAAAAUCAAGAUCCAGGUCCAGAAGACACUCGCACAGACGUUACACUCGGUCCAGAUCCCAUUCUCAUUCCCAUAGGAGACGUUCUCGAAGCAGAUCGUACACCCCAGAGUACCGUCGUCGAAGGAGCCGUAGUCAUUCUCCUAUGUCCAACAGGAGAAGGCACACUGGCAGCAGAGCUAAUCCAGAUCCCAAUACCUGUCUUGGAGUGUUUGGCCUCAGUUUGUAUACCACUGAGAGAGAUUUGCGUGAAGUCUUCUCCCGUUAUGGACCUUUGACUGGUGUCAAUGUGGUUUAUGAUCAACGGACUGGACGAUCAAGAGGAUUUGCUUUUGUUUAUUUUGAGAGAAUUGACGAUUCUAAAGAGGCGAUGGAGCACGCAAAUGGAAUGGAGCUGGAUGGCAGGAGGAUUCGGGUGGAUUACUCGAUCACCAAGAGAGCACAUACACCCACCCCAGGCAUCUACAUGGGCAGGCCAACACACAGUGGAGGAGGUGGUGGCGGUGGAGCUGGUCGUCGCCGGGACUCAUAUUAUGAUAGGGGCUAUGACAGAGGAUAUGACAGAUAUGAAGAAUAUGACUACAGAUACAGGAGACGAUCGCCAUCGCCUUACUAUAGUCGAUACCGAUCACGAUCAAGAUCCCGUUCCUAUAGUCCAAGGCGCUACUGAAGGUCAGAAGAGUUCCAGUUGAGGACUUGAUUUUUAAAUACAAAGUUGAGAUCUCUAGCUUCCCUACUGCUUUCCCUUCUAUCCUCCCUUUCUUGUCCUCUUUCCACCUCUUUCACAAGUCUUUGGUUCAUUUAGAAUAUACAUGUUUUCAGUUGAACUAUUCCUAUUUUCCAUCCCUCCUUAUUGUAAUACUCUUAAAUAUUGUAAUUGUUGUAGUUUUUGUGUAGUAAAACAUCUUGAGCAAAAUGAAAUAGAGAACCCAAAGUGCUGAUACAUUUUGGAAGUCAUUCCUAUUUGGUUUUUAAAACAGUUGCACUCCUGACUAAUCAGAAGAGAGCAUUGAUAUUUUUAAAGCGUGCAUGUCAUGUAUUAUACACACUCAGAUACUUUAACAUAAACCUGCAUUUCCAAGUAACUUGUUAAUCUUUCUGUUAAAAUGUUUACCUAUUACUUUGAUAAACAAGUAAUGACUUUGAGCCUUUUCUGUAAUGAGAAAUUUGCUUAGAUAGUCAUGAACCAGAGGAAAUUUUUUUUUUACUAUUAUUAUUAUUUUUUUUUUGGUCAAGUAGUUGCUUUGAGAGUAGACUAUUUGAGCUAGAGAAAAAUUUGGUACUUGACUGACUGGGAGAAUAGAUCCUUGUACACUCAAAUUAAGGCUGUGUUUUAUAGAAAAAAGUUUCUGGAUUGCUACACAGUGGAUAACAGAUGAAGUUAAAACUGUUGAAAUCCCGGGGUUUUCAUUGUACUUGGUUGGAUAUUUCCCCUUAAUUGGUGCAGGAGAAAAAAUAUUUAUUGAACAUAGCAAUUAGUUGUAUAAUUUGCUGUUCAUUAAAAAAAAUUACUGACUUUUUGGUAUUGCAAUAAUGAUUGAAAAAGUUUUGUUUCAAGUCCUUUUUGGAGUUUUGAAAGUAUGGAUGGAAAAACCUACAACUACAUGUAAACCUUUUUUCUUCCUCAGUAAAAGUUAAGUCCACUGAUA